GCGUCAUCAUAACAUGGUAGAAACUAGAGCUUAUAUGCCACCAAGGCACCAAGGGGGACGAAGCCUACUGCCGAAACCGAAUCGGAAAGAGAGUGCCGCCGGUAGAGAGACGCCGCCGGUAGAGAGACGCCGCCGCUGCACCCUCCAGGCAAUCGAAAUGGCCGUGGGAGUUGAAGCAAAAGCCAACCAGAAAGAUGAUUUAAGGUUGUCUAUUUCUCUGCAAUUUCUCAUCGAGUUUGGAGACAGGCAGCGAACGGAGAAGCACAGAAAGCAGCGAUUGAUUCAGGGGUACCUUGUUAGGCCAGCAUUCGUCUGCUAUUCGCGGAUUAAGCUCAAUCAGCCGCCGUUCAGAUGAUCCAAUGACAUGAGACCUUGUUGGCUUAUGAGCAGCAGGUUAAAAACAUCCCAAAGCUCGAAUCUUUUCUUCUCAAACAACAUAUGAUGGCGCCCCGGUGGAAAGGAAAGGGAGCAGAAAGCAAAGCACUUGCAGAUCCCAUGUCCAGCAUAGUAUCAAAUCUUCACUCUUCUCUGCUCCAAUCCAACUCUACGGGAUCACUCGUCGAUUCCACCAUACUCUUCGAAGCCGAUGCAGAAAAAACCGACCUUCUGAACCGGGCUUGUUUUGGCAGGCCUAGGAUAACAGCCCAGAAGGUCACACAGUGGUUUGAAUUCAGCCUGGAAGAAGCAUUUUACCUGUGCUGUUCUCUGAAAUGCAUCACUAUUGUGGACCAGAAUCAAUGCCAAAUAAGUGUCAAAGAGCUGUGGGAGCAUAUGACACACAAAAGGGAUAACUUUCCUCUCAUGUGCAAAGCAUACUGUCAUCUCAGGUCAAAGAAUUGGGUGGUCAGGUCCGGGUCCCAGUACGGCGUAGACUUUGUCGCGUAUCGCCAUCACCCGGCUCUGGUGCACUCGGAGUAUGCGGUUCUUGUUUUGCCGCCAGAAGGAGGCGGUCGUCUGAGAGUGUGGUCUGACUAUCACUGCACUCUCCGGCUCUGCGGCAGUGUCGCAAAGACAUUGCUGGUUCUUUAUGUGGAUGAAGACAACAAUGUUGGUGUCGAAUCGCCGUGGAAUUUGGAUAAUUACGUCGUCGAGGAGAGAAUUGUCACUAGAUGGAGUCCAGAACAAUGCCGUGAAGACAAAGUGGUUAGUUAGCACUUGACCUUCAUUACUGUGCUUUCUCUCUUUAUUUUCUUUCCAUUGUUGUAAGAGUAGAGAAACCUUUUUUGGGGUAAAAACUGGACCUGUGUUUUGGGAUUUUCAAUUUGUAUUCUUUUAAUAGAUUGAGUGGAAGAACAGCUAAAGUGAAAUGGCUUUCCUUCCAUUGUUGUAAGGUGAUACUUAUAGUACAUGUAAUGUUAGACUGCUUGAUCAUGUAAAAAGAAGAUGAACAUGAGAUGUAUUUAUUUCUCCCAUUUCGUUGUGAUUCUUGAACAAAGGAGAUUGAGUUUUAGUUGUAAGUUAAACAUUCCUCUAGGAAAACGAGGCCAACUUUGCUCAUCAAUUAAAUGAUUUGAAAUGAAAAGAACCCUUCCAAUGAAUGCACAUUUUUUUUAAAAUUUUUUUUAGUGAUCUACAACCAAGAGAUCACUAAAUACUUCACGAUGACACCGGAACUCUACGGUGCUCCAUUGGAUCCAUGACUUCAACCCCUAGCAUUUCACCAAAAUGAAGGGCUAAGAUAUUCAGAGCACACCAACAAUACAAACAAGACCCAAAGCAAGGCUGGCAUUAAAGCUACAUACAAUCC